AGUUGCAUUGUAACUGCUGAAAGCUGACUCUGCUCUCUCUUUGUCUCUUCUCUCUUUCUCUACAUGAACAACCACAAGAAAAAUAUAUAAAAAUUGCCCUUUUUUUUUUUUUUUUUGAGAAACUUUUAAUACAUAGUUUAGUUCCUUAAGAAAGCUCAAGAAAAUGUUUAAGCGUGCAAUGAGUCAAUGACGUGAAAAAAAAGGGUAAAGACCCUUUGGAAUUGGUAGUCCAUGCGCAUUGUAAAAGUCAUUUGCUGUACAUCAGUGUGUGUUUUGUACAUGGGGAGUCUAAGAGUCCAAGCUCAGCUGAUCAGAUUUAUCACUAGAUUUUUGAUGAUGAAUCCAAGAAGAGAAGCUUAAGUUUCUGUUAUAGCAAGGUAACCAUAGAUGUAGUCCAAGAUUAUCUUUUGGAGAUUAUCAAAGGUGUUGUUUAUGAGACUUUAUGUGGUACUAGAAUAGCAUAGAAAAGCUUGUGGUCUUCAAAAUUCUUUUAGAGUUUCUGGAAAUCAAGUUGAUUCUGUUAGUGGGUAGGAGCUAAGUCUUCUUCUUUCAUGUGAUUCCCUCUAAAUUGAUGCUUGUAGAAGCUAACUAUCCAUUAGCUUGGAUUUGUAGUAUUUCAAUACUACAAUUUGAUCUUAAGGAGAGAGAUUAUUAGUAUAAUUUAAAUACUUCGUUUUAGUGUAGAAGCUGUUGCUCUCUUGUUUAACUUUUCUUAAAUCAGAAAAGUUUUGCCUGAAUCUCACCAAUGUCGGAAAAGAACAUGCUUCCUUCAAGGUUUCUUUUCUACUUAGGAACCCUUUCUAUGUUCAUUUUGAUUCUUUCAUCUGUGUUCCUUCUUGAAUUUACCAACACUUCGAUUAUACCCAAAUCAGUAUAUAAGAUUAUUCUCUCUAAUAGCACUUCAGUUUACUUAAAACCCAGAAGUGAACAAAUUACACUUCCUUCGCUCCCUUCUGUGGAUACACAAAUUACUGCUGAAAGAACUGUGAGAAGUGGGAAGUUGGCAUGUCAAGUAAACAAUUCGAGUAGGAAAAUGCAAUCUUUAGGAAAGCGUAGAAAGAUGGACUGUGACCCGACUAAGGCACUCUUGAGGGUGUUUAUGUAUGACUUGCCUCCUGAAUUUCACUUUGGAUUAUUGGGUUGGAAGGGGAGUGAGAAGCAAACAUGGCCAAAUGUCAGUAGCUCAGGUAGAAUCCCACCACACCCAGGUGGGCUGAAUUUACAACACAGUAUGGAGUACUGGCUCACCCUUGAUCUUCUGUCGUCGAAUGCCCCAGAUGUGGUAAGACCAUGCAGUGCCAUAAGAGUGAAGAAUUCAAGCCAAGCAGAUGUCAUUUUUGUGCCAUUCUUCUCGUCUCUGAGUUACAACAGGCAUUCUAAGGUUUCUGGAAAGGAGAAAGUUAGUGUUAACCGCAUGUUGCAGAAAAAAUUGGUACAGUUUUUGUGGGGUCAGGUGGAAUGGAAGCGAUUGGGUGGGAAGGAUCAUUUAAUUAUUGCUCACCAUCCAAACAGCAUGUUAGAUGCAAGAAGCAAGUUGGGUUCAGCCAUGUUUGUGCUUGCAGAUUUUGGAAGAUACCCAGUUGAAAUUGCAAAUAUUGGGAAGGAUAUAAUUGCUCCUUACAGGCAUUUAGUGAGGACCAUUUCCAAUGGUGAAUCAGCUCCAUUUGACAAACGUCCUAUAUUGGUGUAUUUCCAAGGGGCAAUAUAUAGGAAAGAUGGAGGAAUCAUUCGCCAGGAACUGUAUUACCUUCUCAAAGAUGAGAAAGAUGUACACUUCACAUUUGGCAGCAUCGGAGGGAAUGGGGUUAGGACUGCAGGCAAAGGGAUGGCAUCAUCCAAGUUCUGCCUGAAUAUUGCCGGAGACACCCCUUCCUCAAAUCGCCUCUUUGAUGCCAUUGCAAGUCAUUGUGUUCCUGUGAUUAUUAGUGAUCAGAUUGAGCUACCAUUUGAAGAUGUCAUAGACUACACACAGUUUUGCUUAUUUGUCCCUGCAUCUGAUGCUGUAAAGAAGGGUUACCUACUGAAUCUUCUUCGAGGAAUCAAGCAAGAAAAGUGGACUAAAAUGUGGGGAAAAUUGAAGGAGAUUGCACAUCAUUUUGAAUAUCAGUAUCCAUCACAACCUGGUGAUGCUGUGAAUAUGAUUUGGGAAGCAGUUUCACGUAAGAUAUCUCCAAUACAAAUUAAACUUCACAGGAGCAACAGAUAUAGAAGAUCUCAAUUUCCAGUACAGAAUAAAUGAAA